CUCUAAUGAAUACCAGAAAAACACAAAUAAGAGCCGCGCUGCCAGGCUGAUUAGCUAAAUUCAUUAUUUACUAUUUUCCCAUUUCCGCUGGUGAUGUGUUUGAGUGAAGACUGAUCAUUCGUAACUUCUCCUAACGCAUGAUUUAAUCAAACGUGCCUGAUGAAAGGAUGGCCUUCUUUCAUUGGAUUGAGUUUGUCGGGAGGUUGUUGAUCAGACGGAGAUGCAGUACUAAAAAAAUGUGGAGUUUUUGACAGUGUGUAAUGACAGAACACUAUAGGAAAAGGACACAGCAGAUGACCAAGUACAACUGACUCUAAAGGUCACUUUGUGGUUUAAAGAAGACUCACAGUAUUUGAUAGUAGACUGUAGAAGGUGGGUGACUGAUCCAUGCAGACCCAGGGGUGAUGGCAGUGUCUGACCUGCUGACUGUAGUGCUGUGGGGGUUGGUUGUUGUUCAGGGUGAGCAGCUGAAACAGGCCCACACUCCUCUACUGCCCCAUCGGCCGUUUGUGGUGGUGUGGAACGCACCCACUGAAUCGUGCCGUCUGCGUUUUAAGGUGGACCUGGAUUUAAGUGUAUUUGACAUUUUUGCUAACCAAAAUGAAACACUGAGCGGCCCAAAUGUCACCAUCUUCUACCACAGUCACCUGGGCUACUACCCUUAUUACACCAGCACUGGAGUUCCUAUCAAUGGAGGCCUGCCUCAGAACCAGAGCCUCAGCAAGCACCUCAACAAAGCCAGAGCUGACAUCGACAAGCUCAUCCCGUUCAAAGACUUCCGAGGACUUGCUGUGAUUGACUGGGAGAACUGGCGUCCUCAGUGGGUGCGCAACUGGGGCUCCAAGGACAUCUACCGGAACAAAUCCAAGGAGCUCAUAAGAAAGGCUCAUCCUCGCUGGCCUCAAAGCAAAGUGGAGAAUGAAGCCAAGGAGACUUUUGAGAGAGCAGGACAGGCUUUCAUGAACUUCACUCUACAGCUUGCAAAGAGUCGCCGGCCACAUGGCCUGUGGGGCUUUUACCUGUUUCCAGACUGCUACAACUACGGCUACAAGCAGCACCCACACCGAUACACGGGAGAGUGCCCCAAUGUGGAGCAUGUGCGUAACGACCAUCUCAUGUGGCUUUGGAAGGAAAGCACAGCGCUCUAUCCAUCCAUAUACCUGGACUAUGAGCUGAAGUCUUCACCCAACACUGUGAAGUUUGUGCACUAUAGGGUCAAGGAGGCAAUGCGGAUCGCCUCGAUCGCCCGGAAUGACUUCACUCUGCCUGUGUUCGUGUACUCCAGACCCUUUUAUGCCUACACAUUCACUGUGCUGUCUGAGAGUGACCUGGUCCACACCAUAGGAGAGAGUGCAGCACUGGGUGCAGAUGGAGUGGUCCUGUGGGGUUCUUCAGAGUAUGCUCGAUCUCAGAGAAACUGUCUGACAGUGAAAAAAUAUAUCGAUGGCCCACUCGGCCAUUACGUCAUCAACGUUACUUCUGCAGCUAAGCUGUGCAGCAAGGCUCUGUGCAAGAAGAAUGGUAAAUGUGUUCGCAAGAGCAUGGACUCUAAAGCUUACCUGCAUUUAAACCCCCGUUUCUUUAACAUCCACCUCAACCGAGCCGCCCGCGGCCCUCGUUUCCAUGUGAGCGGACACCUCAACUACCACGAUAUACUGGACAUGAAGCACAAAUUCACCUGCCAGUGUUACCAGGGCUGGACGGGUAUCUACUGUGAAAUACCUCAGCUCAUCCACCCACUGCCUCCCAGAUCAAACGACAGUUUCCUGCCUGAGCUGCUGCUCGUGCUGUCCCUUUAUUUCUCCUGUCUGUCCGUCAUCAUUUUUCUUGGACUGUGUCUCAUUAUUAAGUGUCUCAUCUUAUAAACAGUGUUGUUGAAAAGGUUGUGGACACAUGUUGAGACAAAGUGCUUGGACAUCCAGGCUAGAGCACACUGACAGGGCGAACGUUGACAAGCAUGAAGCAUUUGAAAAAAAUCUUAAAUGUUUUCUGUUCCUUUAAUUUAGUUCAUUUGACUUGAAAGUUCAUUUUCUACCAGUAUUGGUGAAUCACUGUAGCCUUUAUUUAAUAGAACUGUAACAGGAAGUCUGUUUAUGUAGUUAUUCUACAUAUGGAAACAUAACAAAAAAUAGUUGUUUACUUGGAGCAUGGUCACUCCUCAUAUCUAGAGUUAUAGUAAAUUGCCUGAAAGAAGACAAACAAAAUGCAGCCUGGGGAACUCUGAACAGCCACUGUGAGAAUGCACCAAACUGUAAUGACAAAGUUGGUUGACCAAGAUGGCUCAGACUUGGUUAAGGCUCCAAAACACUGUCUUCCUACAGUUGUGCCUAUAAACUUUGAAGGCUAAAACAAUAUCUCUCCAUCUUGAGCUUUUUUCAUCUAAAUGAAUCACUCACAUAAUGUGACAGUUAUCCCAACUCAUACAUGUACAGCUCUGGAAAAAAGAGACCAUCUCAGUUUCUGAAUAAGUUUCUCUAAUUUUGCUAUUUAAAUGUAUAUGUUUGAGUAAAUUGUUGUUUAUUCUAUAAACUACAGACAACAUUUCUCCCAAAUUCCAAAUAAAAAUAUUGUAAUUUAGAGCAUUUAUUUGCAAAAAAUGAGAAAUGGCUGAAGUAACAAAAAAGCUGCAGAGCUUUUUGACUUCAAAUAAUAAGGAGAAGAAAACAAGUUCAUAUAACACUCAACACAAACUCAAAAGCCUAGGAUUCAGCAAAGGUGAGCUAAUAUUUUUGACUGCUAUGUCAGUUAAUGCUGUACCAAACUGAAGGAUUGUUCUUGUAGAGCUGAGAAAUGCAGCCUACAUUCAGAGCAUUUUCUAAGAUGCAACAGAGUUCUCAGUUCCCAGUUACCCAAGGUUUUCUAUGCACAGUGUAAAUUGUAAAAGGGCAACCUGAAAAUAAAAAGUAGCAAUAGCAAACUGGUAGUUUUUCAUAUAGUUUAAUAUUUCAUUAAAUGUAAGGUGUUCUAAAUUGUAAGGAAAUUGUAAAAUCAUAAAUAUAUGUAUUUGUCCAUGUUGUAAAUACAGUUGUACAGUACACAUGUGUUUUUUCAUACUAUAAAAUGUAAAAUGGCAUAUUAACUAGCUGCCAUAGCAAAUGCUAACUAAGCUAUAAUACAUCUUACUUAAUGGUAGUUUAUUUUUAAUCUGAGUUAAUGCAAUAGGUUGAAGUUUGAAUGUUUAUGAAGAUGCACACCUUUUUGGUAGCAUCAACUAUGACCAGUAGUCUACAGGGAAGUCUUUUAGAAGCCUUAACUCGACUUCAGCUACAUUGUGAACAUUGACAGUGUUGUCUAGCACUACCAAAUUUGCACAGUAACACAAAUAUUCUGUUUAGAUCUAAAAAAUAAAAAGAGCUUGCAACAUAUUCGUGUUAAAAAUACUAAUGACCAUUUAUUGAAAACAUAAAGCUGCACAAACCUUGGAUAUGAACUUUAAAAACAUAUAAAAAGUACAGAACAAAUGAAGGAUGUGAGACCUUUAAGAGAAUGGAACAGAAACAGUCUAGUCCAAACAAGCUGCCAGGUGUGUCCGACACUCUUUUAGUACAGGCAGUAUUAUCACACUGGAGGCAUGGGUUCAUGAGCUUUAUCACAGCCUGCAAUCUAAAACAAAAUACCAUCAGAAACUGAUGUUAUAUGUGUAAAAUGUCAUGAUAUGGCAGCUUCUUGAGCGACGCCCAGCACUUUGUAGGUAGAAAAUAAAUACCGCAAACUGUCUGAUGAUCUUUCUGAAGGCCGAUGUUUCUUUAUGGAGCAGCUCAUAAUGUUUCUUAGCUUUUUGCUUAGUAGACUUUACUGUAAGUCCAUGCUGAAACUGUGUGUGAAGAAAUCAGGGUCCUCAACCAAAGACCAAAGGAAUGUUGCGCUGCUUUCCAUAAACUGUGGCCUUGGGCAAGAUUCGAGUAUUUAUUUGCCUUUGUAGCAUUUAUUGAUCCUGGCGCACCAAGAAUUACUGCACACGAAGGAGAGAGGAAUGAAGAAAAGGCUGCAGCUUGCUGGAUCACACGCGCACACAGAGACACACCUUGCAGCUGUUGGUCUGGACCAGAAAACCUCCAGGAACACAAAUGUGAAACAGGAUCUGGAGGUCACGGAAUUCCAGCAGUUUGGCAGGGUGGGAUACACUUAUCCAACACAAGCAACGGCAGCAGACCCCUUGCCGGGAAAAGGAGAGGAAGAACACGCCUUACCGUGCAGCAGAGCGAAGGUUAUUGGGUCUCUUUACUGAGCAAUCCAGAGGGAAACACAUCAAAGAGGGUGUAGACUUACUUACUGUUAGUGUGUGUAUAUGUG